AUGGUCGACGCCACCACUUCCUCAGCAGGCGAGGGGGACGGGAGGUUUCCGCCGGAGCUGAGCCUGGAGGCCGUGUUCCGGUGCGUGCGGAUAGGGCCGGUGGACGAGCCGGACGCGGAGUUCGCGUACCAGACGGCGGUGAGCAUCGGGGGGCACACGUUCAAGGGGAUCCUGCGGGACCAUGGGCCGGCGGAAGAGGCGGCUGGGCAGCUGCCGCCGUCCUCGGCGGAGUACCACCAGCUGACAGGGGCCGCGAGGGAGGGUUCAUCGCCGGCCGGGAGCAGCGAGGCGGCCGGGGGGCACGGAGCGACGGUGGCGACGUCCGCGGCGGUGCUCAUGGACCCCUACCCGACGCCGAUCGGCGCCUUCGCAGCAGGCACCCAGUUCUUCCCUCAUAACCCUAGAACCUAG